AUGAACUACUGCUUCCCGGCUUCUCUUUGCGCCGGCUGUCAACUGAAGAUCAAGGAUCAGUUCUAUUUGCUCGUUGCCGAUCUGACUUGGCACAUCCAGUGUCUACGAUGUUGCGUGUGCCGUGUAAGCCUCGAGACGGAGUUGACGUGCUUCACUCGAGAGGGCCUCAUCUUUUGCAAGGAGGAUUAUUACAAGCAAUUCUCGAAGCGUUGUACGCGUUGUAAUCGCAUCCUAUCGCCGAAGGACCUGGUAAUGCGAGCCAAAGAGCACAUCUUCCACGUACAUUGCUUCAGCUGCAUCGACUGCGCCGUGCCGCUGAUGCCCGGUGAGCUGUUUGGCUUGGGCCAGAAUGGCAUCCUGUACUGCAAGGAACAUUGCAGUUCUGUGCUCGACUUGUCCGGCUUUCGGACGACGGCUGCCGCUGGUGGGAACGGAAAUGGCAGUAUUGGCAGCGGAAGCGGUGCAACUUCUUGCAUUGAGCGACCUCAAUGCGAUUUCACUCUUUUCCACCCUGUCAGUGACGUUCGCAAAACGAAAAUGAUGCGUCGCAAGACAACGGCUAAAUUUUCGAACCUCUGUUCAGGUAACUUGUUUCCUUAGCU